AAAACAACCCGGUGCAAAAUCUUUUAACUUCCAUUCUUUGUUAAAAUGGAAUAUGUUGUUCUUAUUUUAACAGUCUUUUGUUCUUCAAAAGUAUAUUCUUUUCCAAUAGAUGCUAUCCCACUGAGUAAUGGACAAGAGAACUCAACUAACACUACAAAAGAUGAAAUGAAGACACUGAAAGAUCAAGUAGCUGCCCUUAGUCAGAUAGUUAACGAUAUUGAAAAGAAACAAGACAGGUUGCUCGCGUACUUGGACCAGUCGGACGUUAUUAGUCAGAAUACAGAAGUACCUAAUUCUAUCGUUGUGGGGUUUACAGUCGCUCUUCAAAACCACAUAUUUGAUCUCCCUUUAAGAUCGACAGUUAUUUAUGAUGAAGUGUUUUAUAACGCUGGAAAUGGAUAUGAUGCGUCUACAGGGAUUUUCACUGCCCCGCAUUCUGGCUUAUAUCUGUUCUACAUAAAUGUUGAACCAGUCGAUGAAACCAUUCCAGCGUCUGUAGCAAUUUUGGUAAAUGGAUCAUACCGCGUAGCUGCAGUUGCUGAGAGAUAUGAUAAGAACAACGAUUCUACAGGCAGUAAUGUGUUGGCUGAGAACAUUCAAGAAGGGGAUCGAGUUUGGGUAGAGACAUAUCUGAAUGAUAAUCAAAACCUGUUUGAAGGAUUUACAACAUUUUCAGGUGUUCUUAUAGAAAGCACUUAAACCUGCUGUCUAUCGACUUUCUAUUUAUUAUUUAGAGAUUAUGAAAAUAAUGGAUUAUCUGUAAAGUCUCUAAACUUUUAGUACAUUUAUUACGAUAAGCUAUCAUUGUAUAAGACUUGCUUAUCGCUAAACUUUAAAUUUUUUUAGGUUUCAUAGUAAAUGAGACCUGAAUAUCUUUCAUACCUUUUAUGGCACAUGUUGUAUGAGACUAGGUUGUCUGUAAACUUCAAAACAUUUUAGAUCAUUAAUUUAUAAGACUAAGCUGUCUCUACCUUUUUAUACAUUUUAGAUCAGCUGUUUACUAAGAACAGAGUGUCUCUAAAGUCCUAAAACUUGUGUGCAUUUAGAUCAGCUAUUAAACAAGACUUGGAUGUCUCAAAACCUAUAUACAUUUUUGAUCUGUUGUUUUGUAUGACAUGGCUGUUUCCAAAGUUCUUCACAUUUAAGAUCACAUAUUGUGUAAAUCUUGGUUGUCUAUGUUGUAUAUUUUAGAUUAGUUAUUGAGUACAAAUCUAUUGUCUUUGACUUUUAUACGUUUUAGAUCAGCUAUUGUCUAAGAAUUAGUUGUGUCUGUACUUGUAUACAUUUUAAAUCGGUUAUUUUCAUGAUUGUCUGCAUUUUUAUACAUUUAAGAUAGGAUAUUCUGUAAGAAACGGUUGUCCCUUGAUUCUGUAAACGUUUGUACAUGUAGAUCAGCUUUGAUUGUGUCUAAUUUUUAUACAUUUUAUAUCAGCUAUUGAUUAAGACUUGACUGUCUCUAAACUUUAAUACAUUUUCGAUUAGCUUUUGUAUGAGACUUAAUUGUCUCUCCAGUUUUGUUUUAAUCCUAUAAGAAGUGGAUGUCUCUAAACUUUUAUAAUGUUAUUAUGAUCAGAUAAUUUAUAAAACGUUAUUGUCUUUAACUAUUUUACAUUUUAGAACAUUUAUAUUUUAUGAGAUUUGGUUGUCCCUAAGCCUUUAGAAGGUUAAAAGUAGCUAUUCUAUAAGAACAGGUUGUGUUUUUAUGCAUUUUAGAUUAGCGAUCGUGAUCGUAUGAGAGUUGGUUGUCGAUCAACUUUAAAAUUUAUUUCAGGCCAGUUUCUGUAUCAGACUUGGUUGUCUCUAAACUUAUAAACAUUUUAGAUUACAUAUUGUGUAAGACAUGUUUGUCUCUAAAAUAUUUUACAUUUGAUUUAACAUAGAUAAUAACCUCAGAUCCGAUUUAUCCCGGCAUGUGGACAAUUGUUUCUAUUAAUCAAAUCUUGUCUUAUGAGCUCUGUAAGCAAUCUUGUACUUUUAUCGUUUUUACAUCCAUUUUGUAAAUAUUGAUUGAAAUCUAGAACAUUCUAACUGAAGUAUACCUCAGCAUAAAUAAAGUAUUAUGGAAAAAUAUAAUACAUUUUAAUGUAAAAAAUAUUGAAUUAUGCAAUAGAUACAGCGAUAUACAACAUUAGUGUUACUUAUAGAAUUUCUCAAAUUUCAACGCGCCGUUUUGUUGUACAAGCUGAUUUACCUGACAAUAUUUGCAUUACAUCUGCAUGCGUAUGAUUAAUCCAUAUGACUCGAUUGUUUAUGAUUUUUAAUGAGUUGACACGGAUGACGUCGCGUUAAGGCGGGGGCUACAUCAAGACGUCGAAUGAAGCGGACGUUACCUAUGAAAAACGUGCGUAAUAAUGCAACGUUAAAACGUUUGCUAUUCGAACCGCCGUCGUUGAUUGACAGUUUUACCUAUUCCCAGAUCAAUAACUUCAAAAGUAUACACCUUUUAAUACAUAUAAACAAUGCGA